CUCCGGCCCUACCGGCCCCGGGCACCAGAGGGCGGCCCCCGGCGGCGCCGGCAGCAGAACCCACGGAGCAGGUAAUUUUGGUGCCUCUUUCCAGUGCCAGUCAAUACAUCAUGACCACAUCUGUAAUGAGGACAGUGACAAGAUUUCUCCCGGGUCCAAUUCGGCACCUCUACCUGGCCAUCCUAACAAGGUGAUUUGUGAAAGGGUGAGACUUCAGAGCCUGUUCCCUCUCAUCCCAAGUGAUCAGGAUACUACAGUUCAAGAGGAUGCCCACUUCAAAGCUUUCUUCCAGAGUGAAGACAGCCCAAGUCCCAAGAGACAACGGCUUUCUCAUCCGGUCUUUGAUUAUACAGCAUCACCAGCCCCAUCACCACCAAUGCGACCAUGGGAGAUGACAUCAAAUAGGCAGCCUCCUUCAGUUCGACCCAAUCAGCAUCACUUCUCAGGGGAACGAUGCAACACACCUGCACGCAACAGAAGAAGUCCUCCUGUUAGGCGCCAGAGAGGAAGGAGGGAUCGUCUUUCUCGACAUAAUUCCAUUAGUCAAGAUGAAAACUAUCACCAUCUUUCAUAUGGACAGCAGCAAGCAAUAGAGGAGCCUCGAGCCUUCCAUCCUCCGAAUGUAUCCCCACGUAUGUUACAUCCUGCUGCUCACCCACCUCAGCAAAGUGCAGUGAUGGUUGACAUACAUGACCAGCUCCAUCAAGGCACAGUCCCAGUUUCUUAUACUGUAACAACAGUUGCUCCACAUGGGAUUCCACUUUGCACUGGCCAGCACAUCCCUGCUUGCAAUACACAGCAGGUUCCAGGAUGCUCUGUGGUUUUCAGUGGACAGCACCUCCCUGUCUGUAGUGUGCCUCCUCCUAUGCUUCAGGCAUGUUCAGUUCAGCACUUACCAGUACCAUAUGCUGCAUUCCCACCUCUUAUUUCUAGUGAUCCAUUUCUUUUACAUCCACCUCACCUUUCUCCACAUCAUCCUCCUCAUUUGCCACCACCUGGCCAGUUUGUCCCCUUCCAAACACAGCAAUCACGAUCGCCAUUACAAAGGAUAGAAAAUGAAGUCGAACUCUUGGGAGAACACCUUCCUGUAGGAGGCUUUACUUAUCCUGCAUCAGCCCAUCCUCCAACAUUACCUCCAUCAGCCCCUCUCCAGUUCUUAACACAUGAUCCUUUGCACCAGGAGGUAUCUUUUGGAGUACCUUAUCCUCCUUUUAUGCCUCGAAGACUUACAGGACGUAGUAGAUAUCGAUCCCAACAGCCAAUACCACCUCCCCCUUAUCAUCCCAGCCUCCUACCAUAUGUACUAUCAAUGCUUCCAGUGCCACCUGCAAUAGGUCCAGCCUUCAGCUUUGAAUUGGAUGUAGAAGAUGGAGAAGUAGAAAAUUAUGAGGCAUUACUAAAUCUGGCAGAACGACUGGGAGAGGCUAAGCCACGUGGAUUAACAAAAGCCGAUAUUGAACAGCUGCCAUCUUACCGGUUCAAUCCUAACAACCACCAGUCAGAACAGACUUUGUGCGUAGUAUGCAUGUGUGAUUUUGAGUCAAGGCAGCUACUUAGAGUGUUACCCUGUAACCAUGAGUUCCAUGCCAAGUGUGUUGACAAAUGGCUUAAGGCAAAUCGUACCUGCCCAAUUUGUCGAGCUGACGCUUCGGAAGUGCAUCGUGAUUCAGAAUGACCAACCUAAGAGCACAAAUUUAGUUUGGGUGUUCCUCAUCACAUGUAUAUAUGGACUCUCCAUUGAAUUUACCUGUGUGGCUUCCAGCCUUCCCCUUACCAAAAAGGUCAACGGACCUUUCUUUGCACUGUGUGAUUUAAUUAAUUAUAAAUCUUACAAUUAGUCGUCACAAUUAUGGGAUUGUUAUACUAACAGUGUGAUUGGAACUCCAAAGACUUUUUCUUUAGCUUAAUUUUGUGUGUGCACUAACAUUCCCUGGUUUUUGUGUGAUCAUUCCGAGUGUUGCUGCAAGAUUACUGUGGACGUGAUCUUAGCAUGUGCUUUUAUACAGAGUGGUAGCUCCAAACAGUAUAGCAAUCUACCUUAUAUAGAGCCUUCAGAAACUGUGAGUGGAAAUGAAUGAAAUGUAUGAGUCUGAUGAUAAUAUAUCCAUGUAUGUCUGGAAGUAUGCAAGUAUUUGUGUGAGGGUAUGGUAGCACAAUGUGUGUGUGAGAUCCUAUAUACCAGCAUGUACUGAGAAUGUGUGUAGUGUUAAUUAUGCUGCAGUGUAUAAUCUUGUGUGUUAUUUAAGCAGUACUAGUACUGUACACUGGUUUCUUUCCUUGUGUUUUGCUGUGCACACUGAAUGCUAAGGGUGCAUCAGUUAUAAGCAUUUAAUAUCCCUCCCCCAAUUCCCUCCCAAUAUAAUUAAUAAUGCAAAGACCAUUUUAUUCUUCAGGUGGCUGUUAUACUCUGGCCACUUACAGAAAAAGUGUACCAGGACCUGAUUUUUAGAUUUUCUUACGAAAGUGAAUUUUAAAAUGUCAGGCUUGCUGUUUCCUUUUAGAAGGGUGCAAUAUCACACAUAAUCAGUUAGCAAUAUUAACAUGUUCAGUCGGUAAUUUGAAUGUUGAUUAUGUUCCUGUCUCCUUAACAUUUCCAGUCAGCUUGUUAAAUAAUGUACCUGUGAUUUUUUAAAAUGGUUUGCUUUUUAUUUGUCACUAAGGAUAUCCCCAUUCCCACGCAGUUCACCCCUUCUGAAAUUUGGCAUUGUCCUUCACCAGCAUCUUACUUUGUGUUAACCAGAUGAAACCUGGAUUCCUGGCACAUGGUCCUUGUUGAAUAGGGCAAGCAAAAUUAACUUUUGAGGAAAUGACAUUUCUCUUCCUAUAAAGUAUUUUAACUAAAAUUCUGAUUCUGAACAUAGUCUGGCUAAUUCUCGUUUGGAGAGUACCAUUUCCCACCGUUUUCCCUUUAACUUGUGCUGUAUGGAUAAACUCCCUGACAAGACCCCUGCUUUUUUUCUUGGUCACACCUGGGGUUGGGGAUGUGUUGGGUUUUUUUUUCCUUGCAUGAAUGAGUAAAGUGUAAUACAAUCAGUGUCCAGGAUGUCAGCAGUAUAAAAGAGGAUUCCGUUCUUGGAUUAGAACAUAAUGCUGUGAAAAGGAGUUAACCUCCCAUCAAUUGACCUGAAUAAUGUUAUAGUUGUGGUUUUGAAUAAACUGAUUCCCUUACCGUAUCUCAGAUUGCUUUAGGCUGUUUUUCAGUAAUAGAAUUAGACUGAAAAGAGUCACAUUUCUUGAAUCCCUCUGCUUCUUACCUAGGGUGAACGUUGUCACUUUGGUUGCAAUACCUGAGCAGCACGCUUAGUUAGUAGUCUUGUCCCAGCUUUAAGUUCCUCGUGUCAUAACUUUGAAUGCUUCGAAUGCCUUUCAGCUUUAGCGUCAGUUAUUUUUUUCAGACAGUGUUAUUGCUACCACCAUGCUGCUUUGCCCUCCUUAGAAGGCUGUACAGACUAAUCGCAACUUGAAGUUGAGUAACGUAAAACAAGCACAAUUUUGCCCAUUUUUCAGACACUUGCUGACACCUACCUAGUUAAAACAAGAAGAUAGAAUUAUAAAACUUUUUGGUCUGCCCAUGUUUGUCAGAUCAUAAGAGCACUAAUGAAAUAAAACAGUGAGUAAAAAUACACAGCAUACUAUUUUUUAAACUGUUAUAGACCCCUCCCCAAAAAUGUGGUAGAGUGGACUUAUUGACACAACCAACCACAAACCAAUUAAAUCAUGUAUAGCUAACCUUUAUUUUUUUAAAAUAAGGAAAUCAUGUUUAAAAUUGCAUAUGCCACACAUCUUAUACAUACUCUUUUAUAUAGCUGCAAAAAAUCUUUUUAUCUGUACAGAUCUAACAAUGACACAACUACGCUCAGUAUUCACUUUAUUAAAGCAUGCAGAUAAAGCACUUUUUCUAACUUAGGUAGAAAUACAUAAUUAACAAGGCACAUUGUACUAAUAUGUAGAUAAACUAGUCCCUUUUUUCCCCUUGAACUUAAGAAUUGUCGUAACGUCCCUUUUCCGGUGAAGUUCUGUGAAGCAGUUGACAAUUUAGGAGGCAGUAAGGACUAAUUUGGUAAAAUACUGAGUUUAAUUGUUGCACUCUCGUAGCUAAUCUGAAAUUUUAAAAAAAAUAUUAUUAUUUGCAUGGGACUCUUGGAGAUGUGUGCAGAUUUAUUUCAUAUGGUUAGUGUGUAUUUAAAGCACACAUGCAUGUGUUCUGAAUCAGCUCAGACUAGCUACAUUGAACCUCCUCCCCUGUUCUGGCUGACAGAAGGGGAAGGGAAGGGGUUUUGUGCUCAGCUGUUACUGCCUUUGGAUUAAUGCACACUUAAGUGUCUGACGCCACACCCUACAGUGGUAGUUCACAGCACCAGAAUUCAAUACAAUAUUUAGGUUUAUUGCCUUUCCCCUUUUUCCUUCCAAAAGUGAAAAUGAUUGGCUUUACCAUCUUAGCUCUGCUGUGUUGUUGCAUGAAUUGUCAACUUUAUUUGAUUAUUUUUGAAAGAGAGAUGUCAAGGCCUCCAGAUAUCAAAAUCUCAUUUUCUCACUGAAAGUUUUUCAAGCAAAAUGGGGGAAAUGUGUAAGUAUGUUUAGGUUUUAUACAAUCUCUUAACUGUGAUUUGUUAAAGCUCUUAAAAUUUAGGCCUCUUGUAAAUACUUUGGAUGGGAUCUACCAACUCAGUUUCAUUUUAGGAAAACAUUUUUGAUGGAGAUAUCUUUGGGCCACCAUUAAAACUGUUUUUAUUUUCCUUUUGGUACAUUCAGUUACCUCAUUUUGCUGUUGGUUUCAAAUUUGCUAAUGAUUAUGAAAGCUUAUGAGUUUUUUGUUGGAAAUCAUAUUUGUUGAGUCUUUUCCUCAUCGUACUCUAUUGUAUCAUUUAAUGUAGUUUUAAAUGUAUUAUGAAUACCUGUAACCAAAUCAUUUGAAGGCUUGAUAAAUUUUUAACAAAAUUUGUACAUUUUUUAUGAAAGUUACUAGUAAUGCUUUACUAAGUAGUGCAAUGAAUUUUUAUUUUUAAUCCCUUUGCCCUAUUUUGGAGUUGAGAGGGUUGUUCAGUAAUAAAUGUAUGACGUAUACUUAGAA